AGAGAUUAUCCAAUCCUAGACUGAUUAGGCUAGACGAGGGAACAGAUGUAUGCAUUUCAAGACAUUAGCAAACUAGUCAAAUGUGUCAUUUUUUUAAUCUACUAGUGAGGCCUAUGUGAAUCAUAAAAAAUACACUACUACUGUAGGUACACUAAAGCCUUAAAUCUCUAUUACAUUGGGCCACUAGCCUAUUUCUCAAAAACGUGUGAGAAUUGCAGCCGGUGUAGAUGGAUUGCAGUCAGGUGUAGAUGGAUUGCAGUCAGGUGUAGAUGGAUUGCAGUCAGGUGUAGAUGGAUUGCAGUCAGGUGUAGAUGGAUUGCAGUCAGGAGUAGAUGGAUUGCAGUCAGGAGUAGAUGGAUUGCAGUCAGGAGUAGAUGGAUUGCAGUCAGGAGUAGAUGGAUUGCAGUCAGGUGUAGAUGGAUUGCAGUCAGGUGUAGAUGGAUUGCAGUCAGGUGUAGAUGGAUUGCAGUCAGGUGUAGAUGGAUUGCAGUCAGGUGUAGAUGGAUUGCAGUCAGGAGUAGAUGGAUUGCAGUCAGGUGUUGAAGAUGGUGCAAAUAUUUCACAUCAUUUCUUGGUAUUGUUCAACCUCAAAGAAAUGAAACACCAAAAGCACCUCGUCCAGAAGAGCGUAAUCCAUUCUGUUCUGAGAAAUGCACAGUCUACAAACUAUUUGGUCUGUGUGUGGUGCUGGUACUGGUCUCCCUCCUAUGGCUCCAACUCAGCUGUACAGGAGACAUGAGCCGGGUUGUAGUGGAUGACGGACGCAUCCCCCAUCAGCCUUGUCCGCUGGAGAGACAGGCAUCCGCUGCGGACGACCCUUCCUGGGGUCCUCACAAGCUGGCCCUCCUGAUACCUUUCAGGGAGAGGUUUGAGGAGCUGCUGGUGUUUGUCCCCUUCAUGCACACCUUCUUGAACAACAAGAAAAUACUGCAUAAGAUCUUUGUAAUCAACCAGAUGGAUCACUAUCGGUUCAACAGAGCCUCUCUCAUUAACGUUGGUUACACGGAGAGUGGUAACGACACUGAUUACAUCGCCAUGCAUGAUGUGGACUUGUUACCUCUGAAUGAAGCUCUGGACUAUGGUUUCCCAGAGGAGGGCCCGUUCCACGUGGCCUCACCAGAGCUGCACCCCCUGUAUCACUACAAGGCAUACGUGGGAGGAAUCCUGCUGCUCACCAAACAGCAUUAUCACAUGUGCAACGGCAUGUCCAACCGGUUCUGGGGAUGGGGGAGAGAAGACGAUGAAUUCUACAGGAGACUAAGAACUGCUGGAUUACAGCUCUUCAGGCCCAGUGGGAUAAAAACAGGGUAUAAAACCUUUCGCCACAUCCAUGACCCUGCCUGGAGGAAGAGAGACCAGAAGAGAGUGGCUGCACAGAAACAGGAACAAUUCAAGGUUGACCCUGAGGGCGGGUUGACUAACUUGCAGUACAAGCUGGAGUCGAGACAGGAGCUGACUAUUAGUGGAGCCCCUGUCACUGUCCUCAACACCAAACUGGAGUGUGACACAGACAAGACUCCCUGGUGUCUGUUGAACUAAGAUGGCCCCCAUGAUAGACCUAUGCUGCCUCUCAUCUGGGUUAUGUUCAUUAUCUACCAAACGGAAUAAAACAGGGAGGGACUACCUGAGCUUCUCCAAUGAGAAACACUUGUUUUUGUGUGCCCUUAUGAAUAUGACCCCGGUGCUACAGAGGGGUGCUGUUAACCCCUGCAUGCUGUGCUACUUCGGGACAGUUUCUGGUCCUGAGGACAUGGCUAAAACAAACAACCGCACCAGGAGACAUGGGUACCAUAUUCUGUCCGGUCCAGAGAAGAGCCUUUGACCUUUGAACCCAGCAACGCCUUCCCUCAUCGGAGAGAUGGAAUGUAUUUAUAAACUAGCUAAAUGAUAUUGUCCUUUAGAACUGUGGUGUAGUCGUCUGACUUGCUUUCAGAACUGUGAGUGACUGGAUCUCAAGCAGGCCUAACUUCAGGGUCUUUUAAACUACAGACACUUUGCCAAUAUUGACGACACACGAAAGGUGUACUGAAAUCGUAAGCAAAGGCCUUUGUGUCUGUUUAUCCAGGUGACCGACCAGGACCAACCCUGCUUAGCUUCAGAGGCCAACCAGCAGUGGGAUGUUGGGUGGUCUGGCUCCUGGGUGUGGUACUAGUGGACCAUUGCCUCUCCUUCAGUUGAAGUCUGCUAUACUGUCUGGAUUAAUGUCUUAUCAUCAGAGUUAGUUUGCUAUGAAAGGGUUUUCUUUCUGACAUUGUAAUGCACCGGGAUUGGCAUGCCACCUCCAUGGUACAUAGCGCUGUAUUCUCAUCCGGUAUCCAUUGUGACCCAUCAUGUACUCAACUAGUAGUGAGUUGAGUAUCAGAGUGCCCUUUUAGAUUUGUUGUUGAUGGUAAAAUCAGCUUUUAAGGUUUACAGUUGUGCUUUAGAAAGUUUUUAGAGAACGACUAGAUAUUAUGAAAGUAUGUUUAGGUAAUGUCAAGCAUAUGUUACAACAGUUUGGCCAUAUACCAUACUGCUGUAAUGUCAAGCGUACAGUUGAAGUCAGAAGUUUACAUACACCUUAGCCAAAUACAUCUAAACUCGGUUUUUCACAAUUCCUGACAUUCAAUCCCAGUAAAA